CUUCGACUGUGUCUAACACUUGAUACCCCUCACGUAUCUCCGGGAAAUGGAAGCGCUUAGUGAAAUGCUACUAAGCAGGCAGAAAUACAAUCAGUUUCUGGUUGAUUUGUGAGACUUAGUUGUGCAGCGGUUUUGGUCAGUCACCUCGGUGGCAGAAUGAAAGGCGGUAGAAGCAAAUUCAAGGUAUUCAGCUUGUGUGUGUCGAUGGACUUCGAGUGACUGGCUGUGACUGGACCCUCGGGUUACGGUGGAGAUGGAGGCUCAUAGAGUGAGUUUCGACGCAGACCCCCACUUAAUGGAGGAAGGACUGGAAAGCCCUGCUGAUGAGAAUGUGGUUCAUGACUCUUUCAACCAACUUAUUGAGGAGCAGAGUCAAGAUCUAAACAGGCACACAGAGGAAAUAGAGAUGUAUCCUCUAACGGAAGAGACCGGAGAUGAUUUUCCACUGUUUGCUGUUGAUGAGAAUGGCGGGGCAGCUGAACCAUUGGUGGACGAGCGCUGGUCUUCAGAUACUCUCAGAGUUCUCUCCUCAAUGCCCAGCCGCACUAUUGGACGCAGCCGAGGUGCGAUCCUUUCUCAGUAUUAUACACGCACCAUGCAGAUGUGCAGACGCAGACAGAGCCAACCCUCUAUCCGCUCUUUCUCCCGCUCUGCUCGGCCCAGCAUCUGCGGCUACCGUGUUGAUCGCAAUGCUGAGCAAUUUGACAGGGAAGCAGAGAAUAAAAGGGAGCGGCUAGUAAAUAACUUGCAGAACCUGUCUGUGGGCGAUCGGGUGCGCAUGCUGAAGGCUAUUCCAUUAAACUUUGGGGAGAAGAGGGAACUCAGACGUUUGGCCUUGAAUAAAACAGCCCGCUCUCUCCACCUUGACCAAGUCCCCUGCUGCAGUCAACUCAAAGACUGUGUUUUCAUUGCUUUAAGACAAAGUGGCUACAGCUGGCUGUCCUUACACUCCACACUGCAGUUAUGGCAAACGGCUCUGAAGACAGUGAGCGGUCGCUUUGGGACAGGUGUCCUCUCCUAUUUUGUGUUCCUCAGGAAACUGUUUUUCUUCAAUGUUUUCCUCGUCCUGGUGACUGGGCUCUUUCUGGUGGUCCCCCAAGCUGUUUGGCCCCCAACAGUAUUUGCCCCAUCUGUACAAUAUGGCCUCGAGGUGCUAACAGGGACGGGUUAUUUUAAAGACUCCUUGAUGUACUAUGGCUACUACAGUAACAAGAUUUUCAACUGCACUUAUGUUGGAAACAAGCGUUCCUGUGGUGAUCGUCUAAGCUACAACAUGCCUCUUGCCUAUUUCUUCACUAUUGGAAUGGCAUUCUUCAUCACCUGCAUCAUCCUCGUGUACAGUAUGUCCAAGUCUUUUGGACAGAGUUUCCGGAUUGACCGGUCCAAAGGUUUGCUGGCCAUUAAAGUCUUCAGUUCAUGGGAUUAUAAAGUCAGCAAGAAAUCCUCAAUUCGGCUCCAAUCUGAAAACAUCGCCACUCAGCUCAGAGAGUUACUAGCAGAGGUGACUCGUAAGAAGGAGAAGUCUACAUUCUUGCAGCGCAUGUCAAUUCUGUCUAUCCAGCUUCUGGCCUGGGUUAUAUGCGUUGUGAUCACUGUAGCGUGUUCCCUUGGCGUGUACUACUUCUCAGAGUAUAUGCACACGAAAUAUGCAAAAAUCAGCAAUGACCUGUGGAAGGAAAUUAGCCUGCUGGCUCUGCCUGUAGUUGUGUCCUCGAUUAACCUGCUUUUGCCCGGCUUCUUCAAUGUUGUGGCCUGGAUGGAAGACUAUGAGUCACCAUGCACACGCAACUAUGUUGCCAUUUUCAGGAAUUUAAUGUUGAAAGUGAGUGUGCUUGGAGUCUUGUGUCAUCAUUGGCUUAGUCGUGUGCCGUCUACUGAAACGAAAUCAAACGAGUGCUGGGAGAGUUUUGUAGGGCAGGAACUAUACAGAUUCCUGCUAAUGGACUUUGUCUUCACAAUACUCAAUACCUUUUUUGGGGAGUUUCUGUGGAGAUUGUUUUCCCAAAAGGUUUUGAAGAAGGAGAGAAAGCCGGUGUUUGAUAUUGCCCGGAAUGUUCUUGAGCUUAUAUAUGGACAGACAUUAGCUUGGUUGGGAGUGCUGUUUGCACCCCUUCUGCCUGCAGUGCAGGUUAUCAAGCUGUUCUUGCUUUUUUACAUGAAAAAGACAAGCCUGAUGAUGAACUGUCAGGCUCCCAGAAAGCCAUGGAGGGCGAGUCAGAUGACCACAUUCUUCAUCACCCUCCUCUGCUUUCCCUCUUUCCUGGGUGCAUCAGUGUGUGUCACCUACACCAUGUGGACGAUAAAACCAUCUGAGCAGUGUGGGCCUUUUCGUGGCCUCAACACAAUGUUUCAGGCAGGAAAAAAGUGGGUAGAAGAGCUGGCCAAGGAUAACCCUAAAUUGACCUGGCUCACCUGGGUUCAUACAUACCUGGUGGAGAACCCUUUCUUUCUGUUUCUCGCUGCUGGAGUCUUCCUAAUUAUAAUCUACUUUCACAGCCAGGUGGUGGAUGGACAGAGGAAGAUUAUUGAGCUGCUACAGGAACAGAUUGAAAAUGAGGGGGAAGACAAGAAGUUUCUCAUCACUAGAUUACAAGACAUCCAUGAGCAGAAACGUCCAAAUUUUCAGAAUCGCAGCAGGACAACCACAGAGGAGUCAAGUUUCACAUGAUUUAAAGUCGUCUGCUUCUCACCUUGAGAAGUGUGGAGUUGAAGCUGGAAAAGUCUCUCCCUGCUGUCCUGAAGCUGUGCUGCAAGUUCUCCAAAGCCAUUACAACAGCCAUCUCUAGGGCAUCAGACCAACUGAUGGACAUGACUUUUACUGGACAACACAAGCAUUUUAUUGCUCCUCAAAGGAUUCUUUUAAAAAAUAUAUUUACAAUUUCAACUGGUGUCAUCUUGCAGAAACUUGCACAUUUCUAGAUGUUUUCUAGUAAAACUGCUUUUAGUUUCAAAAACAAGGACAGUGUAGGAAAAUGUUGCCACGGGAAACAAAAUGCAACAUAUGCACCUGAGAAAGCACAUAAUUAUAUAAACAAGUCUGUGAACAAAUAUUUACAUAUUGCUCAUCUUAUUCUAAAAUGUGAAUUAAUGUUGUAUUUAAAAUAUAAGGUUAUAACUGUAUCUCAGUGCAAUGUAUAUGGUUGCUACUCGCACACAAAAUGGGCAGAACCACUAAAAAAGAGAUAUUUUGAUUUUAGUUUGGGACUUUUGGGGUCUGUUGUUCUGUAAAUGAUUUUAUUGAUUUUUCUAUGACUCCGUUUUAAAUAGUAAUAAAAAAAAAGGCUGAAUUUAGGUUAAGUUUGUUACACGGCUCAAGAUCAGCAGUUUCCAAACAGUUACGCCUUGACAUGACUGCAAAGGGUGACAGUAUUUUUUUAUCACAACUGGAAGUUCUCUUACAGACAGCAUUUUGGUUCAAAAAAAAUGUUAAACUUUGUAAACUAAUUUGAGUGCAAUUGUGGUUUUGCUAUAGCUAUAAUCUAUUAUUUACUAUAUUAUUUUAGACAUUUUAUUUUAGAUGCAGUUAGUACUUGAAGCGGCAUUAUUCACAUCCUAGCCUUUGUAUCUUAUCUGGAGGCGUUAUAUGUGGACAAGGUGUUUUUUAGUUUUGUCUUCCAUCAUGAUCAUGAGUGUUUCAAAACAAAACCAUUUUAUUUAAGAGUACAUCAGCCCCAGGGAAUCUGUCAUGUGAAGCCAGGGUGCCUGUGGGUGUUAUUUUUUCUAUUUAAUUUUUUACAAUGUAUAUACAAUUGUGAAAAAUCAUAAAUAAAAAGCUUCCACAAGCCAAGGUUUCAAUUCCA